AAGAAAAUGUUCCUCCGUCUGGAAUGAUAAUGGGCAACGAACGGGAAGAGAAUCAGCAACUGUAGGAUGUGGAGGAAAGCCAUCUGCAAGCUCCCCAACAGGCAGUUCUCCUCCAACCCCGAAAUCCCCACCUUAUACUCCUUCCUUCAACCAUCAAUUUUUGCCUUGAAGAGGAAUCAGCGACCGCCCCAUUCCCCCACAGAAACAACCCCUAAAACCCUAAACCCAGAUCGCCAAACUGCGGUAGAGUCCACUCUUCACGCCUCCCUCACGUGCAACAACACCGACGAGGCAUGGAAGUCGUUCAAAACCCUCACCAGCAACUCAGCCUUCCCGAGUAAGCACCUCACCAACUCUCUCAUCACCCAUUUGUCCUCUCUCAAGGACAUUCACAACCUCAAGAGGGCUUUUGCUUCUGUAGUUUUUUUGAUAGAGAAGAACCCCAAAUUGUUGGAGUUUGAGACUGUUGAAACCCUUUUGAGUGCCAUGAAUUCCGCAAACACUGCCGCCCCUGCUUUUGCUUUGAUCAAAUGCAUGUUCAGGAAUCGGUAUUAUGUGCCUUUCAGUAUCUGGGGAAAUGUGCUUGCAGAAAUCAGUCGGAAAAAUGGAAGUUUUGACUCAUUUUUACGGGUUUUCGGUGAGAACUGUCGGAUUGCUUUGGAUGAGAAGUUGGAGUUUAUGAGACCCAACUUGGUGGCGUGUAAUGCUGCAUUGGAGGGAUGCUGUUGUGAGCUUGAAUCAGUAAGUGAUGCUGAGAAAGUUGUGGAAACAAUGUCAGUUUUAGAUGUGCAGCCAGAUGAAUUGAGCUUCGGUUUUCUUGCUUACUUGUAUGCGGUUAAGGGGCUUGAAGAAAAGAUAGUUGAGUUAGAAGGUUUGAUGAAGGGUUUUGGUUUUUCAAACAAAAGGGUGUUUUUCAGAAAUUUGAUUAGUGGGUAUGUUAAGUCCGGCAAUUUAGAAUCUAUUUCAGGAAUUAUUCUACGCAGUUUGAGAGAGGGAGAUGGACAAGAUUCAAUUUUUUGUGAAGACGUUUAUUAUUUGGUGGUUAAUGGGUUUCUGAAAAAUGGUAGCAUCAAAUGUUUAGCAAGAUUAAUCAUUGAAGCUCAAGAAUUGGAGAUUCCAACAAUUGCAGUUGAUAGAUCCAUUGGGUUUGGUAUUGUUAAUGCCUGUGUUAAUCUUGGAUUAUUAGAUAAGGCACACAGUAUUCUUGAUGAAAUGAAUGCCAAGGGAGGUUCUGUAGGCCUGGGGGUAUAUGUGCCAAUCUUGAAGGCUUACUGCAAAGAGCAUCGAACAGAAGAAGCUUCUCAAUUGGUUGUAGAGAUUAGCAAUAGGGGACUUCAAUUAGAUGUAGGAAGCUAUGAUGCUUUGAUAGAAGCAUCCAUGUCAUGCCAAGACUUUCAGUCAGCAUUUUCUCUAUUCAGGGACAUGAGGGAGGCAAGAAUACCUGAAUUGAAGGGGAGUUACCUGACUAUAAUGACAGGUUUAACAGAAAAUCAUCGACCAGAGCUAAUGGCCGCAUUCUUAGAUGAGGUUGUUGAGGACCCUCGAGUUGAAGUUGGUACACAUGACUGGAAUUCAAUUAUUCACGCCUUUUGUAAAGUUGGGCGGUUAGAAGAUGCUAGGAGGACAUUCAGAAGGAUGACUUUCCUGCAGUUUGAACCAACCCAACAAACAUAUUUGUCCCUUAUUAAUGGUUAUGCAGCUACAGAGAAAUAUUUUAAUGUAUUGAUGCUAUGGAAUGAAGUUAAGAGAAGGAUUGUAACAGAUGGAGAGAAGGGGAUGAAAUUUGAACACAACUUGGUUGAUGCUUUCCUAUAUGCUCUGGUUAAAGGGGGCUUCUUUGAUGCAGUGAUGCAAGUUGUGGACAAAUCUCAGCAGAUGAAGGUCUUUGUGGACAAAUGGAGAUACAAGCAAGCUUUCAUGGAGAACCACAAGAAACUCAAGGUGUCAAAGUUGAGAAGGAGGAACAUUAGGAAAAUGGACGCACUUAUUGCUUUCAAGAAUUGGGUUGGAUUGAAUGCAUGAACCUUUGCAACUCUCACAUGCUUGUUUUUCCAUUCAUAGCUGUGGUUGCUGUGCAAGUGCUGGAGACAGAAAGCUAGAAAGACGAGCUUGAGAGAAUCUAAGCACUUAUUGCUUUCAAAUGCAAGAACUUUUGCAAUGUUGCUCACCAAUUGCAGUAGCGUGGUGAGUCUUCCAUGACUACUGAAAAUCAAAGUUGAGAAAGAUGGUCUUGUGGGAAUGGGAAUCACUUGUUACUUUAAAAUUUUCAGCCUAAGUGCAUGGCAUUCCCUGGUGUCAGGUUUUUUGGUUUGCAAAGGUUAUUGUCACUAUACAGGGAUUAUUGCUCUGGCUGUUAAAAAAAGGUCAGAAAAAGGUCAAUAUGAAAGAAGUAUACUUGUUGCUUAAAGAUUUGACAUGAUCUGAUUGCAUGAAUUUUGCAAGUGAUUAUUCAUUGGCUUAAUCAGUUUUCUGCCCUCAAUACAGAACUCGGGGGCUGCCAUGUAUGAGACAGAAUGGUAGCGUUUUGAGUGUAUGAAUUUAGAAAGUUUUGGACAUCACGAUAAGUUGAAGUCUUAAGGAAUUUGUCAAUUGGAGGGCAUUUUGACCAGGUUUGUUUGCUCACCAAGCUAAAUUCAGGGCAGAAGAUGGUGAAAUAAAACUUAGCAUUAGCAUAUCUUUUUCUCUUUUUUGUCUUUCUUCUUCCUCAAACAAUAAUGACUCUGACAAUUAUGAUUCAAUGGAAAGGAAACUGCCUGAUAUGAGUGAACAAAA